GCACUACCUGUUACUUCCUCCUGUAUCAGCAUGCUAUCCUGAUACGUUACUGCAUAUGAGUUGCUGACCCUAGGUUGUAGUGCUGCAACCCGAGUGCAAGCUCACCAAUCAAAAGCUGACAAAGUGGACUGACAUUAUUUCGUCAGCCCAGCGCUUUCAACUUCCCAGAGGCCUCGAAAAUGUCAGCCGGACUUCAAAUCCGGGAGCGCCAGUCAAAGUCCAAGAUAAGCACACUCCCAAGUCGUUUUUCGAAACAUAUCUGGCAUCCAGCACCGGCAAGCCGUAUGUGCGUAUGCGAGUGCCAGGCGCCACCCAGGUCAUUUCAGACCAGUUCAGGGCUGUGUGGCUCUCAAAAGAGAAGAACGCUAAGGAUCUCCUAAAAACCUUUUACAAGGACCUCUACAAAUCGCUUGCCUCGCCUGAUCUCGUCCUUGAUCUUGACACUUUUGAGUGUGUGGAGGGCAAGCUUCCGAAGGCUGCCGAGCUUCCAAAGGAUGCCGACAAAGUUCUUCUUCUGUGGGCCCGCUACUCUGGAGGAAAUAAAGACGAGGGAUACAACCCUCAAGGUGACAGCUCCCUCCAGGGCCAAGCACAGCUUGUUGCGGCUGCCAAAAAAGUUGGGCUUUUACGUGAUCACCAUCGGUCACGGCUCAAAGUCACAUUCCUGCGUACCCUGUGGAGCGAUACCUAGGGAGAAUAGUGCAGAUGGGCCAGAAAACGGGAGCCAUGGACAUGGCAGCCCUCAUAGGCAUGCCUACCAUCUACAUUGAGCAC